AUGCCGCCGAUAUCCCCGCUCGCGCGCGAGCCGUCCGUGCGCCGAAUCUUAGACGAAGCGCAGCUCCUCGCGGCGGAUUCGCCGAGCGCGCCGUCCGAGGCGACGCCGCGCGCGGUCUCCUUCGCGAUGCGAUCGCCGCGGGAGGAGGAGCAGGAGGGGGAGGCGGCGGCGGACGACGACUCCGCGUCUUCGUCGCCGCCGCCGGCGCCGCCGCUCCUCGGGGAGAUCGUCGACGCGGACGCGGACGCGGACGGACCGCGACCGGACGCCGCGCGCGAGGAGGAGACGACGACGACGACGACGACGGGCGGAUCGCCCGACGACGACGACGACGACGGCGGCACCCCGCGGGUCGAUCCGAGGACGGAGCCGUCGUCGCCGGAGUCCCCGUACCCGCGCACGCCGUCCUCCGAGGCGACCUCGAACGAGGCGACCGCUGGCCUGAGACGCGGCGGGAAACGCCGCGAGCGCUCGCGUCGAGGAGCGUCCGUCGCGUUGGACUCCGCGUCUAACAACUAA